CCUCGCACAGCACCCCCGUCUCGCCAUCAGAGAACACUUCUCCAUCGCUGACGAUGCGCAAGCCAUCUUUGACUAUGCCAUUGCCUCCUACGCCACCUAGUACUGCCUGUUCCUCAUCUCGACGAGGAUUCCGCCACCUCCGACGCCGCAGAAAUGGCAGCACCAGAAGCCCGUAAACAAGAAGACUAGGGAGAGGGUGUUUGUGUGGAAGGCGGAAGCGUUUGUAAACAGUAGGCUGUGGUUCUUCGAGCUGGGCACGGUGCUGAUGUGUUUGGUUGUUGGGGAUGGGGCUUUAUGGCUGAGUGGUGUUGGGCAAGAGGGCGACGAUGUGGGCAGAGAGAGAGUCGUGAGGGUGUUGGCGACGUUUGUGUUUCUUGGGAUGAUUGAGCCGGUUUGGCGCAAUCGGGCAGAUCUCCAAAUGCGCGACCUGGGAGUCUGCGCGAGGGGAGCGUCAUGUGCCGGCAUUGAGGACAAGCUGAUUUCGCUGGCGACGACUGGUUCUGUGAUUGGGAUUGUGGCAAUCAUAGCAGGCGCGGCAGUAUUUGCGUGGACGGGAGAGUGGCUGGAUGUGCUGGAGUGGUGGUUUCUAGCGGACAUGAAGCCGCACCGGGUGUUUGUCAUGCUGUGGCUGCUGUCGCCAUUCACGGACCUGGCAGAAACGGUAAGGCUCGAUUUGCCUUUGCCUUUCUUUUCUUUUGAGAGAUUUGUUCUCUGUGCAUAGCGAACUAAAUGUAUGUGGGCGAGCAGUUAUUCUAUUUUGUCUAUUCGAGAUGGGAACACCGUGGGUAUAGACGGUGGGUGAGGGUCGUGGGUGAGCGGCCGAGGAGCCAUUUGCUGCUUGAGAGGUGGAAUUUGGCGUGGUGGUGGGCGGCAAUGUAUUUUGGAGC